AUCACGCAUGCGCGCUGAGCCGCCGCGAGGGAGGAAAGUUCGGCGAGAUCGGCUUUUGUUAUGGCGGCGCAGAUUGAUUGUGAAUUCCUAGUGAAAAAAGCUCGGGAUUUAGUGACGGAUGAUCCUUGGGCCGCCAAGGCCUGGUUAAUUACUGCCAGGACCCUGUAUCCUACUGACUUCGGGAUUCAGUAUGAAAUGUAUAUGAUCGAACGAAAUGCUGAGAGAACUGCUUCAGCAGGAAGAAUCCUUUAUGACAUGUUUGUAAAUUUUCCUGAUCAGCCAAUGGUUUGGAGAGAAAUAAGUGUUAUUACAGCUGCACUGCGUAACGAUGCUCAGGACAAACAGACACAGUUUUUGCGAGGAUUGUUCGAGACCCUUCCAGGUCGAGUACAAUGUGAAAUGCUUCUUAAAGCAACAGAACAGUGCUUCAACACAUUGGAGAGAGCAGAGAUGUUGCUGCUUCUCUUGAGAAGGUUCCCAGAGUCUGUGGUACAGCAUGGAGUCAGUCUUGGUGAAACUUUAUUGGAAGCUGAAAAUAUGGAUGAUCAAGAAUCACCCGUCAACUGUUUUAGAAAGUUAUUUGUAUGUGAUGUUCUACCUCUAAUUAUUAAUAAUCCUGAAGUGAGAUUACCUUCUAACCUGUUGUAUCAGUAUCUUCAUAAGGCAGCAGAGUUCUAUAUUGGUUACGUUACUAGAUCACCUUCAUUGGAAAGCCAGCAUCAAGGUACCCAAGACACAGCUGAUUUAAAGUCACCUACCAAGCGGAACACCCAGAAAUAUAUUAUAGAAGGUCUGACUGAGAAGUCAUCCAUGAUAGUAGAACCUUGGGAUAGAUUAUUUGAAAUCCUCUCUAUCGUGGCAAUGAGGUGUGAGUGGCAGAUGGACAAAACAAACAGGAGUUGUGGUGAAAUUCUGCACAGAAUGAAAGAUUUAUGCAGAUAUAUAAACAACUUUGAUGACGAAGGACACAGGAAGUAUAAGCAUCAAGUUGUUUACUCUACUCUGUUGGUAUUUUUCAAGAAUGCAUUCCAAUACGUUGCUAGUAUCCAGCCAUCUCUGUUUCAAGCACCAAGCCCUUCCAGCAACCAAGUUCCUCUUAUUUUAUUGGAUGACCUGUCAAAUAUCUACGGUGAUGUGGAAAUCGAACGCAGUAAGCAUAUUCACAAAAGGCGUAAACUUGGAGAUGGGAGAGAGAAAACACUGAGUUCAGAUGAUGAAGAAUGUUCUGGUAAAGUGCGUAACCGUCACAUUCUCGUCAAUAAAAUUGAGCUGCCAAAUUCAAUAGAUGUGCUUGAGAGCUUUAAAAUAGCAAGAGAAAGUUGGGAAUUGCUUCAUUCCCAAGAGGCUUUGGAAAAAGAAGUUACUCGCAUUUGCAUAUCCUGGAAGACUGAAACCUGGCUAUGGCUAAGAAUAUUUAUCACUGACAUGAUUAUAUACCAGGGUCAAUACAGAAAAGCAAUAAACAGUCUUCAUCAAUUGGGUGCUCUUCAAGGAGUCCAGCAGCAUGUCGUGAGUCAGGGUACACUUGAACAGCAGAGGGCAUUAAUCCAAAUGGCUGCCUGUCACUUUGCUUUGGGAGAAUACAGAAUGACAUGUGAUAAAGUGUUGGAUGUUAUGUGCAGUGUCAUUCCAUGUGCACAGGAUGUGGUGAAAGUACAGGAGGAAAUUCCAAAAGUGAAACCUAGAUUCAGAAGAGGUUUGGAUCUUAAACUCCUGCCAUGUACCAGUAAAACCAUGAUGCCAUAUUGCCUUCAGUUAAUGCUGGCUUGCUUUAAGCUGCGAGCCUUUACAGACAUACGAGAUGAUCUAGCAUUAGGUCAUGUGAUUGUACUGCUACAACUGGACUGGCCUCGAGGAGAGAACCUUUUCCUCAAAGCUGUUGACAAAAUCUGUCAACAAGGCUCCUUUCAGUAUGAAAACUUCUUCAAUUACAUCACAAACAUUGAUAUGUUAGAAGAAUUUGCUUACCUAAGAACUGCAGAAGGUGGUAAAAUUCAUCUUGAGCUAUUGCCAAAUCAAGGUCUUUUAAUAAAGAAUUCUAGCCCUCCCCUGGGGGUACUUCCACAGGAGUUCAAACUGCAGCCCAGCAGUCAGACAGCUGACAGACAUCAUACGAUAACCCGAGGUAUUACAAAGGGAGUAAAGGAAGAUUUCCGGCUAGCAAUGGAGCGACAGGUUUCUCGCUGUGGAGAAAACCUGAUGGCUGUGUUACAUAGAUUUUGUAUUUCUGAGAAGAUCAUAUUACUCCAAACCUUGAUGUGA